AUGGUCAUAACGGCUAUCAUCGCUCGGUACAGUGUAGGAAAGGUGCUGAUCGAUCAGGGGAGUUCGGCCAAUAUCCUGUACUGGAAAACCUUUCAGCAAAUGGAAAUACCGGACGGGUCGAUAAUGCCGUUUAAUGAACAGAUCUUGGGAUUUGCAGGAGAACGAGUUGAUACAAGGGGGUACGUAGACCUAAGGGUGAGUUUAGGAACGGAGGUGGGGGCGAAAGAGCUAAGAGUGCGUUUCCUGCUGGUAUGGGCGGAAACCUCUUACAACGUGCUGUUGGGACGACCAUGUCUCAAUGCGUUUGGAGCGAUAGUGUCUACCCCGCACUUAGCGAUGAAGUAUCCGGCAGACGACGGCACAAUCCGGACGGUCAGAGCUGAUCAGAGGGUAGCAAGGGAGUGUUAUGCAGCGGGGAUAAAGGUGCAACCCCCAAGGCAUAGGGUGUGCGAGACCCGUUCGGCAGUAUCGGCUGCAGAGUUGGACCCAAGAGAAGACACCACCGACCGGGUGGAGCCGAUGGGAGAGGUCCAGCCAUGUCUCCUGGAAAAUGAAGACCGGGUGACGAUGGUUGGCAAGGACCUUCAGGAGGACGAGAGGCGAAGGUUGGAGGGGGUGCUGGUAGAGAAUAAGGAUCUAUUCGCCUGGACUGCAUCAGACAUGCCAGGAAUCCAUCGUGACGUUAUUUCACACAGGUUGUCUGUAUUUCGAGAUGCUCGGCCGGUAUCUCAGAAGAAGAGGAGGUUAGGUAUGGAGAAGAGAAGAGCGAUAGGUGAAGAAGUAGGGAAGUUAAUCGAGGCCGGGUUCAUCAGAGAAGUCAAGUAUACCACUUGGUUGGCCAAUGUGGUCAUGGUUAAGAAGUCCAGCGGUAAGUGGAGAAUGUGCAUUGACUUUACCGAUCUGAACAAAGCUUGCCCGAAGGAUACAUACCCCCUACCGAACAUCGACGUGUUAGUAGAUGGAGUGUCCGGGUAUGAGGUGAUGAGUUUUCUGGACGCCUAUUCGGGAUACAAUCAGAUACCUAUGUACCGGCCGGACAGCGACAAAACCGCUUUCAUUAUCGAGCAAGGAACCUUUUGUUACGAGGUCAUGCCUUUCGGACUGAAGAAUGCAGGGGCUACAUACCAGAGGCUAAUGGACAAGGUCUUCCAAGGGCAAAUAGGCAGGUGCAUGGAAGUGUAUGUUGAUGAUAUGGUGGUNAGGAGCCGGUCGGUNGAGGAGCANCUNGCGGAUUUGAAAGAGGUCAUNGGGCAACUNCGNAAGUUUGAUAUGCGNNUAAANCCCGCUAAGUGUACCUUCGGGGUAAGGGCGGGGAAAUUUCUGGGCUACAUGCUGACCGCUCGGGGAAUUGAAGCAAAUCCCGACAAGUGUAAGGCGGUGUUGGAGAUGAGAAGUCCCCAAACGGUGAAGGAGGUUCAGAGGUUGGUAGGGCGGUUGACGUCGUUGUCGCAGUUCCUCCCUCAUCUGGCUGGUCGAUCAAAGCCGAUCGUCCGGGCUAUGAAGAAGACCGCGCAAGGAUGUUGGGACGAGGAGAGCGAGGAGGCUUUCAAGCGUAUAAAGGAAGUUCUUACCCAACCCCCCGUAAUGGGCCGGCCGGAGCCUGGUCACGAACUACAAAUAUACUUGGCGGUUUCGGAGGGGGCCACUAGUGCAACCUUGGUACAGGAAGUUCCACAAUUCAAACUGGUAUAUUUCGUUAGCAGAAGCUUAAAGGAAGCAGAGGUAAGGUACCAACAGUUGGAGAAGGUGGCCCUAUCCCUAAUUUAUGCCGCUCGGCGGUUGCGGCCAUACUUCCAAGGUUUCCAAGUCGUGGUACGAACGGACUACCCGAUAGCUAAGAUCCUANGAAAACCAGAUUUGGCNGGUCGGAUGAUAGGGUGGUCNGUAGAGNUAUCGGAGUUCGGAUUGAGGUACGAACCGCGGGGGUCGGUGCGGGGUCAACACUUGGCAGAUUUUGCUGUCGAUCUGCUCCCUGAAGAAGAGGAGUUCUGUUGGAAACUUUCGGUUGAUGGUUCAUCUAGCCGAAGGGGAGGAGGAGCGGGGGUGGUCUUAGAAGGACCCAAUGGGAUACUGGUGGAACAAUCGUUGAUGUUCCAGUUCAAAGUCAGCAACAACCAAGCCGAAUAUGAGGCUUUGCUGGCCGGGAUGGAAUUAGCCAAAGACCUGGGGGUAGGUCGACUGGAAUGUCAAACAGAUUCCCAAUUGGUCGAAGGGCAGAUGAGCGGGAAUUUCCAGGUAAAGGAUGACCUCUUGUUGCAAUAUUUUCACAAGGCUAAGCAAUUGGCCUCGAGCUUCAAGGAGUUCACAUUGCGGCACGUUCCCCGGUCGGAAAACAUCCGAGCAGACACACUCUCGAAGCUGGCCGGCGGAGUCACGAAAGGAGGAUUGUCUUCAGUAAUCAAACAGGUAAUGACCAAGCCGACGGUAGAAUGUUGCGCCAUUACUACCGGGGGAAUAAUGAAUACCUGGAAGGACGACAUAAUGCAGCUGAUUAGGAAGCAAGAUGAUGGGGAAACCUUGAAUACCGAGGAGACCAAGAAGAUCGCUCGGUAUUGCCUGAUCGGUGAUGAGCUCUACCGAAGGGGUUAUGUUACGCCUUUACUGAAGUGUCUGCUGGAGAGGGAAGCAGAGUAUGUAAUGAAGGAGUUGCAUGAGGGGGUAUGCGGGAGACAUACGGGUGGGCGAACGUUGCGGGCAAGAGUGCUAAGGGCAGGAUUUUUCUGGCCAUCGUUAGAGAAGGAUUGCAUGGCGUUCGUCAAGAAAUGCGAAGCCUGCCAAAAACACGGGAACGUUUUCCAUGGGCCAGCGGUGGAGUUGCAAGGCAUAAUGUCCCAUUGGCCGUUCGCCCAGUGGGGAAUGGACAUUGUUGGACCCCUGCCUGCCGGGCGGUCUCAGAUGAGGUUCUUGCUGGUGGCAGUGGACUACUUCACCAAAUGGGUGGAGGCUGAACCUUUGGCAAAGAUUUCUGCCACCCAAGUCCAAAAGUUUGUAUGGAAAAUCAUUUGCCGGUUCGGGCUGCCCAAAACAAUCAUUACGGAUAACGGCCGACAGUUCAUAGAUAAGAGAUUGGAAGCUUUUUAUCGAGAGUGGGGCAUAACUCAUGUCACCAGUUCGGUUGAGCACCCCCAGACGAACGGCCAGGCGGAGGCAAUGAAUAAGAUAAUCAUGCAAGAGUUGAAGAGAAGGUUGGGCGAGGCAAAGGGUGCUUGGGUUGAUGAGUUACCAUCAGUCCUAUGUGGGUAUCGAUGUUCCCCCCACGGUGCAACAGGAGAGUCCCCGUUCAACCUGACCUAUGGGACGGACGCAAUGAUGUCGGUCGAGGUGGGCGAGGAAACACUGAGAAGACGGGUGAAUGACUCGGGGGCGAAUGAAGAAGGUCUGAGGGGAAACCUGGACGUGUUGCAAGAAAGAAGGGAAACUGCAGCGGUCCGGGCAGAGGCGCUAAAAAGAUUGGUCGCACGAAGAUACAACACUAAGGUGUGA